GCUACUCAUAAUAUCUUGUCGCAUAUCGGGGGAUUCGGAAGAGAGCGCCCGACGUGGCCAUACGGCCGCACGUGACUUGUUUUGGCGCGCGUGUCAGAACGCGUCCACGCGCGAGACGCGGUUCAUAUUGCAAAGUCUUAUCGCCACCCAUUCCGACCAUCCGCCAAUACCCGCCGACGUACGAGUCCCCCUAUGGCCAGGAAACGCAAGAUCGAGUCAGAUGAUGACUCGUCGUUUGAGCCUAUCAAGCAAAGGAGAAACGCAGUCAUGGGGAGGAAACCAGCAAAGAGACAGACCAAGUCCAAGGGGGCGGGCAGGAAACGCGAUGCUUCGGAUGCAGAAUAUUUGCCCGAAGCCGAGGUCGUUGAGUCAUCUGAGAUUCCCCAUACACGUCCGCACCGUGUGUCUCUGCACGUUAUCGCACACGCAGCACCCCUUCGCGAGGCUCUCUUGGAAUGGUAUGAGGGCGUACACGCGUCUCGGGGCAUGCCAUGGCGAAAACCGUUCGAACAUUCAUGGGAUGCGGAACAGAAAGCUCAACGAGCCUAUGAGGUGUGGGUGUCAGAGAUCAUGCUACAGCAAACGCAAGUGGCCACAGUCAUACCGUACUACAAUAAGUGGAUGGAGAAGUUUCCUACUAUAAGAGAUUUAGCGGCAUCGAACAUAGACGCUGUGAAUAGCAUUUGGAAAGGGCUCGGUUACUAUUCACGGGCGGCUCGCCUGCUCAGCGGCGCCCAAAAGGCCGUUCAAGACUUCAAAGGCCGCCUGCCUGACAAUGCCGAAGAGAUGGAGAAGACAAUCCCUGGUAUCGGUCGAUAUAGCGCGGGGGCAAUAUGUUCCAUCGCCUACAACGAACGUGUUCCAGUGCUUGAUGGGAAUGUUCAUCGACUUCUCAGCCGCAUACUGGCGCUCCACGCACCGCCGAAGGCGAAGCAAACUCUUGAUGUUCUAUGGGCCGGCGCAGCCGUCCUCGUCAAGGAUGCCGACCGCCCUGGUGAUCUCAACCAAGCACUGAUAGAACUUGGAUCAACUGUCUGCAAGGUACGCGACCCGUCCUGCGACACGUGUCCGUUGCAGCGCGCCUGUGGCGCUUAUGCCGCAGCCUCAAAGCGCUUGCAACAUCUCCGCGGGAAUGCGAACGGCUCAGAAGACGAGCCCGUCUGCAAGGAUACGCAGUAUGGGGGGACAUCCGCGAGUUCCUCUGCGGACCUUGCACCCGUCCCAGACAUCGAGGAGUUUUGCAAGUUAUGCGAGCCCCUCCCUGACGGGAGCCUGGUGACAGCAUACCCCAUGAAGGUCGAGAAGAAGAAGGCCAGGGAAGAGUUGGAUAUAGUGAACGUUAUCGAAUGGAGGAAAGGCGCAACCGCAACUGCCCAAGAGCGCUGGUUCCUGCUGGUCCGCCGUCCAGGAGGAGGACUUCUCGCCGGCCUCCAAGAAUUUCCCACCAGUUCAAACGUUCCCGUGACCACGCCGCCUUCCGCGCAAACUAAGAUAGCGGACAAGCUCCUAUCCGCGCUUCUCGUCUCCCCGCCCCCACGUUCCUCACGCCCGCCCCAUGGCUCAGACAGGGAAUCGGAGGAAGAACGAGGGAGACAGAGCCAGGCCUAUCGUAGGUCACGACCCAAGCCUAAGCUAACUGCGGCAGGUUCCAAUGUUGCCACCAGCAAAGGCGCGGAGAGUGGCCCACGUGUGGUAAAGAUAGUGCCAGCGGGUGACGUGCUGCACAUAUUUUCUCAUAUCAGGAAGACGUACCGGGUCCAAUGGGUCGUGCUUGAGGGUGGCUCAAGCGACGAACCUCCGCCGCUCGUUCCGGAACCCGAGCUUGCAGGCCCCGCCUUCCCCAAGACGUCUAAAGGCAGGUCCUCGCGGAAGAAUCGCACGAUAGCGACCUCCCCACCCGAGCCCCAACCCCAAGGGCCAGGUGCGUCUCCGAAUGGCCUACCGCCGCCGUCCGGGCAAACAACGCAGUGGGUUCUGUUGGACGCCGUAGCCGAUGCGAACAUCGGCACAGGUGUCCUCAAGAUCUGGCGACAAGUACGCGCGCUCUGGGAGGCGAGCGUUGGCGGCACCGAUGAUGACUCAUGACCAAUGCCCUUCGCUCGUCCUAUGCACUUUGGGAUGCCAUCGCAGGGGGGCAGCGCCAGAGGGGACGAGGUCCAGAUGCUUGUGCACGGGUACGAGUCACCGAAUUCCAGGCCCGUGUGAUUCUCCCACCGCUAUCGCAUUCUUGUCGCAUACCUGGAGAAAGAGGAAAGCAGGGGUGUCCGCAUGCCACCGUAGUUCGUAUACCCUUUCUGAGUACAUAGCGCUCCGAUGGUCCGGGAAGCCCUCUAGCCGAUGACGGUUGGCAAAAGUCUAAACGCAACGCCUGAUGCCUCAGAUACAAUUGUCGCCCUGCUUUUGACAGCACGUCAUGCGCACAACCCACAUACUCACUGUACCACGAGGCUCUGACGGACGUGAGUGUGAGGCUUGUGAAUGGAUGUUGCAGCUUUCCCGUUUGUAGGGUCGUCAGAAUCCCCAGGCCUCCAGCGGGUUAUCAACUCAUGAGCUUCGCUAGAUGCACGGGUCUCGCCAAUCUAUCCUUUAAAGUCAGCAUGUCUUCGUAGAAGGCGUCUGAA